UCGUCUCAUAGAUAGAAUAUAGCAAAGCCAACCAACCGGGUAUGUACCUAGCCCUACGGCAAUCUCCACCGAGACCGAUCCAUGGUUAUAGAACCUGAAGAGGACAAGGGAAUGUUCUAAUUCCGUCUGUAUGUUGUAUCAAUGAGGCUCUCAGGUGGGACCACCUUUUGGAGGUGAAACCAAAGUCAAUAAAACAAUCAAGAUAUGUACCCUGUUAUAGCCCACUAGACUGGGAAUCCAGGCUGGCGGCACAGAUCUAAUUGCUAGCUUAUUUCUAAAUCAUGCACUUCCACUUGCUUUCUGACCCAUCAUGGCGAGCGAACGACCCGACAUACUGGUAGCUAUCGAUCUAGGAACGACUUAUACAGGUGUCGCUUGGGCCAGGCCGCAACGGAAUCAGGCCUUGCAAAGUCCCAUACAGAUCAUACACAACUGGCCGGGUAGUUCCACCAAGAACGAGCAGAAGGUUCAGACUUGUCUCAUAUACAGUGACGAUGGCAGCUUAUCGUCGUGGGGUUACCUCUGCGAGGACGAGGACCCGCUAGAGAGGAAGAAGCAGGAGUUCUUCAAAAUAUUCCUCGACGGAGACACGUUAGAGGAUGCGCAUCGGCAAGCCGUCCGCCAGGUACCCGCCUCCGUCCGCGAGGCGCAGAAACUAAUCUCGGACUAUAUGCGCGAGGUCUACGCGCAUGUGAAAUCGACGGUGGAGCUGCACACGGGUAUCAGCCACGUCGGUUGGCAGGAGUUGGUGGUCGAGUUCAUCUUCAGCGUCCCGACGACUUGGAGAAGCCAGGAGAUUAUUAACGCGUUUAAAGAAUGUAUCGCGAAGGCGGGAUUUGGGCGGGAGGGCCGAUACCACACCGCUACCGUCGAGUUAACGGAGUCGGAGGCGGCGGCCGUUGGGACAAUCAAGAACUCUACUAUAGCUUUCCAAACAGGCGACAUAUUCCUAUCCGUCGACGCGGGAGGCGGGACGACGGACCUCGCUCUGAUGCAGGUCGUGGAAGCGCGAGAGCCUUUUCCGGCACUAUCUCAGAUGAAUCAGGUCGACGGCAUUGGAAUAGGUUCGACAUUGAUCGACCAAGCUUUCGUAUCGAUGAUAAAUGAUCGGCUUAGCAAAUUCCCAGAUUUGACACCCCAUCUUCCGCCCGAUUGCGCUGAGAGACUCGUUAAGAGUGAGAGAUAUCGGACGACGAAGCACAAAUUCGGAGAACGAGUUUACCAGUCGACGUGCUAUAAGCUGCCUUUAGACGGCGUCCCUUUUACCCUUAGCCACAGCCAAGCGCGGAUCGAGCACGGGAGGAUAGUGAUUUCAUGGGAAGAGAUGCAGUCCCUCUUCGACCCGCACGUCGAAAACAUCAUGAGGAAGAUCCACGAACAGCUCAAUUGGAUGCAGGCUAACGGGGUGAACAGGCUAAUAAGUUAUAUGAUCCUAUCCGGCGGACUUGGGAGCUCAAAAUACGUCCGCGAUCGCAUUCAGCAUGAGAUGAUGACAAGCCUACACCCGUACGCGCACCAAGUCAAGGUACUACAGGCCCCUGAUCCACAACUAGUCGUCGUGAAGGGACUGUUGUUAGACCGGCUGCAGAAGCUAGACUCGGGGCUUGCUCCCGUUAUAGUGAGCAGGGUAGCUCGAGCGAGCUACGGUAUCGUCUGCAAGACUAAGUAUAACCCGGCGAUACACUUAGACGAGGAGAUCAAAACCGAUGCGUACGAUGGGGAGCAAUAUGCCAUGAGCCAGAUCGACUGGCUUAUUAGAAAGGGUGAUCCCGUAAGUUCGAACACUCCUAUUUGCACGACAUAUACAAAGAAGGUAGACCCAAAGGACCCAAAUCGCACAUGGGAAUCUGUUGUCAUGAUAUCGGAUCUCGAUCCUCACUUGCUGCCACAUAGUAUGAGUCAAAAAGGGGCAAAGCAACUUUGCGUAGUGAAAAGCGACCUCACGGGCGUAGGCCACAGCGACAUGGUCAUGAAGCGUAAGUCGAAGAGGUUAUUUUUCCAGGGCAAGAAAUUCUACCUCUGCACCUUCGAGGUCAGAGCCAUCGUCGCCCCGGCGGAGCUGAGGUUCGAGCUCUGGUUCGCGGGGCAGAAGUUCUCCGGGAAUCACGAACCUAUCAAGAUAGCCUGGGAUGUUGAAGGGUCGAAAUGUGGCGGCGGAAGAUAGCCGUGAGAGCGCAAACGUCGAUUUACAUCGACUGCCUAAUUUGGUACUGUCGUCCGAGUUAGUAUUGAUGAUCUACGAUCGAGCUGGGCGGACUUAGUGGUUUUUGCAUGCGGGGAAAUAGAUUCCAACCCGAAAUUUGAUAAGAUGGGCUGGCAGGGUGUGGGCAUCUCCGCGCUUCCGGUUUACAUGGUAGAUUGUGUUAUGAUGGCAAUGAAAUGGACUUAGAGACGUCUAUCAAAGUCUUCAGUGAAGUACACGAUCCCCCACAUGAUGAUGAAC